AAGUUUGUAAAUAUCGCUUUUCUUGUGAUAAUAACCCGUUAUCAAAACUAUAUAAAUAAUUUCGUCUGACACGGUCUCCAAUAAUAGUCAACGAUGAUUGCUGCUGUACUGGUCCUCUUUGCUGUCAUAUCGCAGAUUGACGGUAGCUGCAUGAACGUUUUGAAUGAAGAGGAAGAAGCCUGCGCUGCACCAUUAGAAUUGGAUGCACCGUCGGUUUACCAGUUUUAUACACGUGAUUCGAACAAUCCAAAGUUCGGGGAAUAUUUGGCAUGCGUUUGGGCUAAGUGGAAUUGGUUAGCUGGCGACGGAAGUAUACGUUUUUCUACAAUUAGGGAGUCGAGUAGCUUGGCAUGGAGAAUUUCGCGAAUGUGUGUUGACGACGGUUUUGUGAUUAAGAGGAGGCGAGAUGACUUCAAGAGAUCGGUUACUUACUGCGAGGAGCAUAUGCCAGAAAUUACAAGUCCACUAGCAGUUAGAAAAUGUAUUUCUGAAAAUUUUAAACCAACUUGAAAUAAAUGAUUAUUAUGACUCUAUCCAGAAA